UCUACGUAGAUAGAAUAGUGAACCCUUUGGAUUUCCAUAGUUAUAAUAUCAGUGUAAGAUCUUGCCUGGUAUAAUCCGAAGUCCCUAAACUGGGUCUACCUAACAGAGAGUAAUGUCAACUAAAAUCAGGCGCAGAAUGUUGUCUGUGUUGGUCCAUCUGUUUUCAGUGGGUACUGCAUUGUCAGUUCCCGGAAAACUUUCUUUCGCUUCCUACUUCAGCGAUGACAUGGUGUUACAGCGUUCCCCGCAAGCGGCCAUUGUUUGGGGGUACUGCACGAAACCAGGUCAGAACAUCACGGUGACGGUUUCCGGGAGACAGCCCGUGGGGGCGUUCUCUGUGGACUACCCGGAUGUACAGGGAGGGGUGUGGUCCGUGUCUCUAUCUCCCGAGGACGGCCCGGGGCCCGUGACCAUUGAGGCCACUGAUGGACAUGACUCGGUCCGCCUCUCCGGUGUCCUGUUUGGAGAUGUCUGGAUCUGUUCCGGACAAAGUAACAUGGAGUUCACGCUGGAUAUGGCACUGAACGCUACCGCUGAGUUGGCAGACGCCGUGCACUACCAGAACAUCCGGGUCUUUACCGCCACCAAGAGAACAUCGUCAAAAGCAGAACUAGAUCUACUACAGAUUGAUGAGCCGUGGUCAAAACCCAGUAAAGACACGCUGGGACACAAGCCGUGGACCUACUUUUCGGCCGUGUGCUGGCUGUACGGGAAAUACAUCUACCAGAAGCUGAACUACCCUAUCGGACUGGUGGCCUCUUCCUGGGGAGGGACGGCUAUCGAGCUCUGGUCGUCCCCUGACGCCCUCAAACUCUGCAACAUCCCGAACGACUCAAACAGAAAAAAGAGUGCCAUUUCUAAUUCCCAAUUAUGGAACGCCAUGAUGCAUCCAUUCACAAAAAUGACAGUAAAAGGCGCGAUAUGGUACCAAGGGGAGGCAAAUGCUCAUAAACCGGACACCUACAAAUGUACGUUUCCCACCAUGAUUGAUGACUGGAGAAAAAAAUUCAGCGCAGCUUCCGGUACAACGCCCAACUUCCCGUUUGGUUUUGUUCAGCUGGCUCCGAACCGUAACGACUCUUCCGUCACUUCCGGUUUCCCCGACAUCCGGUGGCAUCAGACGGCGGACACUGGAUACGUACCUAACCACCGCCAGCAGAACGUGUUCAUGUCUGUGGCCAUGGACUUACCUGACUUCACAUCACCGUACGGCAGCAUCCACCCCCGGGACAAGGAGGAUGUGAGUCGUCGCCUGGCCCUGGCCGGCCUCUCCGUGGCCUAUAACAUGUCCCUGGGGCCCUUCCAAGGCCCCCAGAUAACCGCCUUCUACGCAGACAUCGGCUUCUUCACCGUGGGGUUCGAGUUUGAUGACGCAGUGGACAUAGAAGUCCGGUCGAAAUCUGGCUUUGAGCUUUGCUGCUCGACCAACAACCAGUCUCGUUGUGACGGCACGGACUCGGUCUGGAUGGAGACCCCCAUCAUUAAGGAGGAACCCCACAAGAUCACAGUCUCCUACAAGGGAACCUGCUCCAACAAGUACAUCAUGGGGUACCGCUACGCUUGGAGGGAAUCCCCCUGCCCCUUCAAGGAAUGCGCUCUAUACGUCAAGGGUACAGACAUUCCUUUCGGACCAAUGUUUGGAUUGGGACUAAUAAAUGACAAACACGUGACGCCCAAAGAAAAUAAAAUUGUAUAAUUACUGAAAUUUAAGAUAAACUUGACAUGUACAGGUUGAGAACUGGAACAAAUGAUA